CUGUGGUUCACCCCGCAUUCUACCUGCUCCCUCGCCCUGCAGAAUGCCUUGUGCAUAUUAGGUCCCUAAUAAAAUUACUAGUUGAAUGGUAGUUACAACCAUCAGACUUGAAACCCCAAGUUCACCUUAUAUAAUUGAUUCUAGCAAUAAACUUUUAUUAUACUGAAUAUUGAAGUAACCUCGGGUAUUACUGCACAAACUUUGUGGCUAUUCGAAUCCCCAAAUACGUCGAGUUUGUUUCUUGUGCAACAAUCGUACUAAUGCUUCUCCAAUUCGAAUGAUGAGCUUUAAUCUGUAUUGAAAAAAAAAUGCUCCCACGCGUCUGAUUUCAUCUUUGCUUUAGGACUUUAAACGCCCAGCUGGUUGUUCCUAGAGCAGAGGCUGCCUGCGCACCCUGUCAUUUUUCCAACCUGUACAAGGACAAGAAGGCCAUCAGGUCCCACCUUUCGCGGCGAGACGCUGCCUUUGUUUCGUCUCCGCAGCCAAUGGCGAACACACAUUUCAGACCGGAGGCUGCAGGGGGUGAGUCACCCUCCGCAGAUCCGCCGGGAUCCGCGCGCAGCCGUCUCGCCCGCGCCGCUCCGGGAAGCGACGCCCGAGAAGCGGUUCCCGGAACACGAGGCGGUUCCGACUGGGGCCGGCGGCUCCAGAGACCCGACCCGGGUCCAGAUGGACGCCGACCUGCGCCCGCCCGCGACGCCCUUGGGCCCCCGCCGCCCAUCUUGCAGGAGUGACCAGGACCUCAUCUUCCAGAAGUAAUGCCCACAGAAAGCGGGAGUUGUUCAGCUGCUCGCCAAGCAAAACAGAAGCGCAAAUCUCACAGCCUUUCCAUACGGAGAACUAACAGCUCAGAGCAGGAGAGGACAGGCCUGCCCAGAGACAUGUUAGAGGGACAGGAUUCUAAGCUGCCUUCCUCAGUUCGCAGUACUCUUCUGGAACUGUUUGGUCAAAUAGAAAGAGAAUUUGAAAACCUUUAUAUUGAAAACUUAGAAUUGCGUAGAGAAAUCGAGACUCUUAAUGAGCGCUUAGCAGCUGAAGGACAAGCAAUCGAUGGAGCGGAACUGAGUAAGGGCCAGCUCAAGACGAAAGCCAGUCACAGCACCAGCCAGCUUUCUCAGAAACUGAAGACCACCUACAAGGCCUCCACCAGCAAGAUCGUCUCCAGCUUCAAGACCACCACAUCCCGGGCAGUGUGCCAGCUCGUGAAGGAGUAUAUUGGCCACCGGGAUGGCAUCUGGGACGUCAGUGUGGCAAGGACGCAGCCUGUGGUGCUGGGGACGGCAUCUGCUGAUCACACGGCUCUGUUGUGGAGUAUCGAGACGGGGCGGAGCCUCGCCAAGUACACGGGCCACGUGGGGUCAGUAAAUUCCAUAAAAUUUCAUCCAUCAGAACAGUUGGCUCUCACCGGUAAUUAUCUCUGGGCACCUUUGCUAUUCCUGGGAACAUCUCAGAAGAACCUGUUAAAGUCAAGUCGAUCCCUUGUGAUCCCUCAAGGAGUGGACUUAGCAGGGUCUCACCCGUGCUCGUCUGUGUGCUGGGUAAUGCUCCCCCCCACCCCACCUCCGCCCUGCUUUCUGUCCUCAGCCUCUGGAGAUCAGACUGCCCACGUGUGGAGGUAUGCAGUCCAGCUGCCUGUUCCUCAGCCUGCGGCCGACUCUAGUCAGCAGCUCUGUGGCGAGGAUGAAGUGGAGUGCUCUGACAAGGACGAACCUGAUGCAGACGCCGACCCGUCCAGCGACUGUCCCACCAUCCGGGCGCCGCUGACUUCUCUGAAGAGCCACCAGGGAGUAGUCAUAGCUGCUGACUGGCUGGUCGGCGGGAAGCAGGCAGUGACAGCCUCCUGGGACAGAACGGCCAAUCUGUAUGACGUGGAGACGUCAGAGCUCGUCCACUCCCUGACAGGGCAUGACCAGGAGCUGACGCACUGCUGCACGCACCCGACCCAGCGGCUGGUGGUGACCUCCUCCCGCGACACGACGUUCCGUCUGUGGGACUUCCGCGACCCUUCCAUCCACUCCGUGAACGUGUUCCAGGGCCACACGGACACUGUGACCUCCGCUGUGUUUACCGUGGGAGAUAACGUGGUCUCUGGCAGUGACGACCGCACUGUGAAGGUCUGGGACCUGAAGAACAUGCGGUCCCCCAUUGCCACCAUCCGCACAGACUCUGCCAUCAACAGGAUCAAUGUGUGUGUUGGCCAAAAAAUCAUCGCCCUCCCCCAUGACAACCGCCAGGUGAGGCUGUUCGACAUGUCGGGUGUGCGGCUGGCCAGGCUCCCACGCAGCAGUCGGCAGGGCCACCGGCGGAUGGUGUGCGGCUCAGCCUGGAGCGAGGACCACCCCGUGUGCAACCUGUUCACCUGCGGUUUUGACCGGCAGGCCAUUGGCUGGAACAUCAACAUCCCGGCGCUGCUGCAGGAGAAGUGAGGGCCGUUCCGAGACUCCGGCCGGCCGGGGACCGUGCCUGCUGGCUCGCUGGGCGCUGGGACGCCGCGGCUGUGGGCGGUGGGCCUGAGCAGGGCGCUCUCUCCUCGCUGUACCCAGCUUGCAUGAAGUGUCCAGAGGUGUGCCCUGUUGCUUCUUUCCGUUUUGUGUGUGUGGGCAUUGCGGCCGUGAGGUGGACCCCCUUCCGUGGCCGCUGGUGUAGUGAGUCCCUGGUGUGUUGGGUGACAGGAGGGCGGGGCAUCUGGGCGAGUGGUCAGUGGUCUCUGGAGCGAUGGUGCAUGUGUGCCUGUCCGGCGGGAGUGGGCAGAGAUCUCACGUCUGUGUGGGGUUCUGGCGUCUGCUAACUCAGCUUCACCUCUGUGUUCUGUUACAGUUGUGAAUCUGCUUCGAUUUUAGAAGUUAAAAAAAGCGUAGAGUGUUGAAUUUGCAACAUUUGGACAGUUUGUUUUGAAAAGAAAAAUUUUCUGCUCUUUUUAUGGAAAACCAUUUCAAUCUCCUGAGGUAUCUCAUGCUGGCAAAUUCUGAAAUAGAAUGGUUCUAAUCACUGAUUCCAGAUAUUAAGUAAAAUUUAAAGCACUUUAGUUUAUAGCUGUGGUUAUAAACAGUUUCUAGAAGUUUCAGAUGACUUACCCAUUGAAUGUGACUUGACCUUUCUAGAAGGCCCUGCUACCUGAAGACAAACCUUAUUUAUUUUCUACACCUUGGGUUUGCAUGUUUCCAAGUGGGUUCACUUCCUGGCGGCAUCUGAGAGCCAGCAAUGCAAAUAAAUGAGUUCUACCUCAGACAUGAAGUAUUUGGGAAACUUGGGUGUCACUGUUAGUGGCUCAGGCACUUGUGAUUUAGAGCUGGAAUGAGCUCAUCCAGAAGGCAGGAGAGGUGGGCGCAGCGAUGGCCCUGCCCAGGAAGGGCUGCCAAGGGCCCCUUCUGCCUGGAGCCUGUCACUCCUGCCUUCUCAGGACUUUCUGUCCAGUGUUCACGAGUCGUGUUUCUUAUUGAGUUACAGUUUGAUAGCGAGACAUCUCAGUGCCCCCCAGCCUCCCCCCUGCCCCAUUUGUAACCCUUGGAGGCUGUCCUGGGACAGGCACAGAGAGGGACACUGGUAGCCAUCGUGUCGGCCUCGUCCCAUCACUGCUUCCAUUUUGUGGUGUCACAGGUGGGGCGGCCUGAAUGCUGGUCCUUCACCCGCGGGUCCUUCGGUCAGGCCCCUUGGUAGCCAACCUCAGGCCUCUCGGCCCUGAAUGGUCGGGACUGGGUCUGGGGGACCCCUGGCUGGGUGGGAGGGAGAUCUGAGUAGUGAAGGUGAGACGGCAGGAGUUUCAGGGCAGCUUUACAGCAGUGGCGGCUCAGGAGCUGAUGUUGGAGUCUGACAUUCCCUAACUGCGGUGUGAGGAUGGGCCCCCACCCUGGGUCUCACUCAGAGCUGCCCUCCCGCCCCCACACACACCGGCUUCUCUCCUGCUUUAGUCUCACAGCUGAGUGUCUUACUAGAGUCACUGCUAGCAACAUUGGAAACUGUCUGCACGUCAUUGCUCCAGACUUACCCAGAUCUCUGCCCACGGAAACAAUGGGCAGCGAGUAAACCCAGCGUGUGUGCCAGCCGUGUGGCCGUGCUGAUGAGGCUCCACACGCAGCUCCAUUUCCCUCCCUAGGGCUUGGCCCUUCUCAGGAGCGGGACCCACCACUGUGGUCACGGGGUGUCUUCAGGCGUCAUGAAGGAGCUGGGGGUGCUGUGUGUGCACACCUGUUUGUGCACUUGAGUGUGCGCGGGGAUGUGUGUGCAUGCGGCUGCAGUGAAAUCAUGUGGCCCACUGCCUUGGUCUCAUCUGAAGCAGUGUUUGGAAGUGGGAGUGGUUUUGUCCAUGUGCCGAUGAGUCCAGAAUUUCCUGUCACAGCAGGAGGAAAUGUGUGUUUACUGGAAACCAUGUGUCAAGAGAAUUUCUUGAGAGGUGUGUUGUUGGACAAAUAACACCCUUUCUCAGCCACUGCACAUCAAUUUCUGCAGAGUGAAAAUUCUGUACCUAUUCUGGAACUGAAGAAUCCUAUGUAAAUCAUCUGUUGCUUAAAUCUGUGAACAAAUAAGUUUUUUUUGGGGAAAGUGUGCAUUUAUAAGUGUUGUGUAGAAGCAGGUGUUUUUACUCUGUUGAUGUAAUUGUUCAUAAGUGUUCAGUGUCUUCAUUGCAGUAUGAGAUUCAUUAAAAAUCCAUGUUCUGUAA